UCGACAUCGGUUAUUACAGGUUAACGUUCUAACGCUGUUGCGGUGCCAGAAGGUGAUCAGAUCGAGAGACUCAUGCGCGGACAGCUGGAGUUGACACCGACGUACGCGGCGCAGCUGGACGGGAAGAUCUUGGCGAAUGCGCACGCGGUGGGAGACAUGGACGGUGAUGGAGCGACUGAGCUGUUAUUCGGCUCACUAAUGGGCAAAGUAUCGAUCUUUAAGAUUGUUGGAGAUCGCCUAACGCAGUGGAAAAGCUGCGAGGUGAACGGAUCCGUGACGUCCAUCUGCUUGGACUAUUGCUUUGCUGGAGACGUGAGUGCCAUGAGAAGAAUACCACACUGGAUGAAGAAACUGAUUCUUAAUCUAUGGGUUUGCUGGUGUUUGAAACAGACCCGGAUUAUUGUGGCGACAGCAGAAGGGAAAUGCUCUGUGUUCCGCUCAGUGGAGGGCGCCGAAGUGCUCCAGCUGUGCUCCGAUUUUAAUGUUGCACUCAAUGUCUGUGACGUGGUGCACUUGAACAACGAGCUCAUUGUUGCAACGCGUGACGGACGAGUGCUCGUCUAUCGACCCAACAUGAACCAUGACGAGCUUGCAGAAUAUUCCCAGGUCGCUCAAAUGGAGAUCGAUGACGAGAUCGAAACGUUGAUCGUGUUGCGCCCCAAGGCAGACACUUCGCCUCAAGUCUUGGCUCGAUGCUUCUCAGGUGAAGUGUAUUCCAUCAGUGGGUUAAACGUUGAAGACAAGCGAGAAAUCGUGUCUUGGGAUGGUCCGCCGCGUGAAAAUGAAGGCGUCACAUUUGUGGUGGGCGACAUCGAACUGGGAGCUGAACAAGGAAUGAAUGCGCUAGUGUCGAUGAAUGGUCUUGUGUCGUUAUUCUCUUCGUCUGGAGAGAGACAAUGGGAUUUCCAGGUGCGUCAAGGAAUGCUAAAUUAUUUGCAAUUGCUAGCUUGCAAUGUCUGAAUGUGUCGUGCUCUAUUCAGUUGCCUGAGGCCGUGGUGAACGCCGACAAACUCGAGAUGACAGCGUCAAAUGGAGAUCGACAGGAUGCCGUACGUCAUUAGAAACGGUAAAUUUUGCACGUUCAGCUAACGAAUGACCUGCUUGCUGUGAUUACAGAUCGUAGUCUGCACUUGGAGUGGCCAAAUGUACGCGAUCCAAAGCGAACGACGACUCGUGCGGUUCCGAAUGCUGCUACCUGGUUGCUCGAUGUUCUGUGGUAAGUCGUUGUCUCUCUUGUCCUUGGAUUUUAUUAACCUUAUGUGUAUGGGAAAUUUAGUGGGUAUUCGAGAUUUCUCCGCUCAUAUUGACCCCACCAUUGUGGGCAUCAGCACUUCUGGCACAGUUUUCGUGUACCGAGACGUGCAGGAAACUCUCAUUCGAGGCCUACAGGACUCUACGCUGGCGGAUAAAGUGAGGGAAAGCCCCGUGUUUGCUCAGAUAAACACUCCUGAAAAGCGUAAAGAAGUGAUGGACAAACUGCGCAAGACGUUCCCACACUCUGCUGUGUCCAAUUCUGACACGCCAAGUGUAGAAGAACUCAUCCAGGCGAUGCUUGCGGUUCAGCUGCAAGCGUAACAAGGCACUUAUCAAUGUGUAUACAUGUACCUUGCAUAUUUUAUGGAGCAUCUGGGUAUGAUC